GGGGGGGGGGGGGGGAGGGGCGCGAGUUGACGUCAACGCGCGACGGGGUCAGAGUUCGGUGAAAAAUGGCGGACGGGAUCCAGAGGAAGCUGCAGCACGAGCUGGAGAAAUACCAGGCGUUACAGAAAGACCUCAGCAAAUGUCUUUCUGCCCGACAGAAACUAGAGGCACAAGUGACCGAGAACACCAUUGUUAAAGAGGAACUGGAUCUGUUGGAAUCCACGAACACCGUGUUCAAGCUGGUGGGUCCAGUCCUGGUGAAGCAGGGUCUAGAGGAAGCCAAACUGACAGUCGCUAAGCGAUUGGAUUAUAUCAACGGGGAAAUAAAGCGGUAUGAAGGACAAAUGAAGGAGCUGGAGAAGACGUCGGAGCAGCAAAGAGAAACACUGGCGAAACUACAGCAUGAUUUCCAGAAAGCACAGGGCAAGACCCCCAUUAAAGUGUGAACACAGCCUCCUCUUCUCUCUAACUACCCCCCCGCCACCACCGCCCAGUCCCACGCCUCCCCCCACCCCCACCUGUCUCUCUCAGAGGAUCCCAGCUCCUCACUAACGUCCUUCAGUCUUGGCUUUGAGGGUGGUCCCUGUCCCACAUGCAGGACCCACACCCAGACGAACUGGUAUUCAGCGGCUGAUUAAAUUACAUCGAGUCUUAAA